AUGUCACCGACCGUUCCCCCAGCGCCGGCACUCUUGGUGCCGGAUCCUUCGACAAUCACAGACCCAUCUCCUUCAGAUUUCAACAAACAUCCCGAUUUCGAAAAAUCAAUUCUGAAAUUUAUGGACCAGAGAUUCAUAAGCUCCGCCUCCACCGUUAUAGAAGCUCCGAAUUCACCAGUCGGAGUUUGUACCUUGUUUCCUGAAUCAAUUGCAGGAGCUCCUCCGAUCGGAGUUUGUACCGGAUCCUUGACUGAGAUGAUAAAAGAUUUGGCCACCGUCUCUAAGAUGCCUACCUCGACCUCACCAUCCACGGCCAACGUCCCAAACAAGUUUAUUUCAGAGGUCCGAAUUGGCUCCAUGCCUUUGAUUUUACAACCAGAUUCUGUACUUCCGCCGGUUUCAGCCUUCAAUCCGCCGCGGACCACCUCAUUAUUGCCUAUUGGCGGCGAUAGUCCCAAUUUUUCAAGACAAGUGGGCGACAGCAUUGAUUUCCCGCAGCUCCCUAGCCACAUGGGCGGGCUCCACUCCUCCAGGUACUUUCCGCCCAUUUCAACAUUUGGGCCUUCAAUCUUAGCCCACUUUUCUUCACCUCAGCCCACUAACUGUUCUGCUGGGCCAACCCUACCUUUUCUCAACCAAAAUUCAAAACCAAACACUUCUGGGCCAUCUUUUAAACCCACAGACAUUUCCAGUCAGCCCAUUUCACCCCAUACCUCAUCCAUAGCGAACCAUAUAUCAUCCCAAUCUACAGAUACAUUCCCAACUUCCAAUCUGGUGAACCAUUCCCAAAUAUCUUUGUCGGUGAACGGCGUGAACCACCCUUCUGUGAACUAUGGACCGGUUCCCAUUUCUGGGUCCGGCAAUCCCUACACCGGAGAUCAACAGACCAGUGGUCCGAGGGCCGCAAAUACCAACCCAACAAAUUCAGCAGCCUUCGGCCCCAUCGACAACAUGGGCCUUCCCGACAACUCCCUCCCGGGCACCGGCGGGACCUCUGCUCCAAUGAUGGCCGACACUCUGCAGACCUUAAUCUACUGCCUUGGUGGUUUUGUUGGUGGAGCUGGCGGUGGCGGCGACGAGGUAGAAGAAAUCCAAUUCACGAUGCCGGAAAACCCUAGCGCGGAUUCACCAGCUGUCGCCGCCAGCAUUGCCACCGUCAAGCGUUAUGCUCCUCCAAAUCAACGGAAUCGAUCUCUUGGCCGUCGUAAAUCUGGAGGGGAUCGACUCGAACGGGCAAAUAGCUAUAUGAAUGAUGGAGAUAGGAACCCCCUUGGUGCCACCAAAAGUGGUCCCAUAGCAGAUCACAUGGAUUUUUCUUACAGUAAUCGUGCGAAUGAAGCUGGUCGUUCAAAGUUAAUACCUUUAUAUGGGUGUUGCAACAGUGAGGCUGCACAGCUUCAUAGCAACCGUUGGAGAGCUGCCAUGAAUGCACUCAACAGUUUGCCAGAGGAUUCUGUUGAAAGGCCAGUCAUGUAUUCCAGUAAGACUAAGGCUUGGGGUCAAGCAAUUCUUCCACACCUGCUGAUUCAAUCUGCUGGUGGGGCGCCUUCAGGUUUGCAGAGGGAUUUCUUGAGCGAACUUCGUCAUGCUAUGCACAAUGCAAAUUCAGGCUCCAAUGCCUAG